AAACAUCGAUAUACGUAUGAAAAGCAGACGACAAAUUACGUGACCAAUCAUAUCUCUUAUAUAAUAGGUCAUUUGCUUGUUAAUAUAAUGUAAACUAUGAAGGAAAAAUUCUAAAUUUCAUAUCGAUUUCAUUUAUGUCUCUUUAACGAGACAGCGGACAACAUUCUACGUCUGCUAUGAGAUGGGCAAGCCAGAUAAUUAAAAUUCCAAUAUUCAGCGUCUAUGAUCGUCUGUUGUAGCAGAAACAUUACAAGAGUUACAAUAACCAAAACAGCGUUUACAGAGAAUGACAGUGAUUUUUUAUUAGAAUAAGAAUUAUUAUUAGACAUUAUGGAAAUGUCAUAACACGACACCGUUCAUAAAAAAUGGCUGUCGGCGACGGAGACAACGUGACUUCCGGUGCUAAUGAAGAGGUCUGUCACGUGACAAUCACCGAAGAUUUUGCGAGCUCGACAGGAGAUUCUGUGAUAAACAAACAUUCUGGGGAGGACUCUGGACAUGAGAAACUUCUAAGAAAAACAGCGUCUAUAGAUGGAAAGGCGAUACCCCAUAACCGUGCUUCAAGGCCUCCACAUUAUUUCUACUUUGCCUUAAUUGUGACGCUGUGCUGUAAUUUUCCUUUCGGUGCAAUUGCAAUCAUAUUCUCCUUACUUUCAAAAAGAAGCGGGAGAAAGGGGAAUCUCAAAGAUGCCGAACUGUGGGGGAACGUCUCAAAAUGGUUAAGCAUUGUGGGAAUCGCUGUCGCUUUAGUGGUAGUUGCAUUUUUAAUUGUGUAUUAUGUUCACAUUGACAAGAAUAUCGUGGACACACCGGAGGAGCUAUAUACAGACGAGGGCUGACACAAAAAGUUAUUUUAUACGUGAACAUUGGUGAACUAAUAUUCUUGACAGUUCUGGCUCUCUCGCGUACCUAGUCUCAAAAGUUCAUAUAUUUUCCUAGUAUUUUAAACCUAUAUCUAGGUUUUCGUCAUUUAUAAUUAAUUUGUUUAUUUUUCCAUGAUUAAGUUUCAUCUUAUAUGUAAUGCCUCCUACCUUUACAUCAAACAUACUAUAUUUUGAUCUUAUUUCUAGACUUCUUUUUCUUUAUUUCGGUGAUUUUCUUCCGCGUUUUCGGGAAAAAUGUCUUGUUCGGCAAAAAGCCGGUUUCCUUAAUUUGAACAAAAUUAUUUAGAAAUUAUUGUACCAGUGAAGAAAAUAUAAAACUUUUUUUCAUAUGAGCAAUGGGACCAAAGUUCUGUCACAAAUAGCCCUAAAAUCACAGAUUUUAUUCCCAGUUUUUUCCUCGAUAUUUAUUUAUAGAUAUUUGCCAUGCAUGCUGUUGUAGAGCCUGUGUCUGUGUGUGUGUGUGUGUGUGUGUGCGCGUGUG